CACGCUCCCGGAGGCCGCCGGAGGCGCACAGACUUUCAAGGUGCAACUGCGCAAGCGCUGCGGUUCUGCGCAUGCGCCGCGGUUCCGCGCAUGCUCAGAGGCGGAGGCCGGCGAGGUCCUGGGAGAGUAGAGGAGGCCCGCCUGCCCCGCCCCCGCCCUGCCUGCAGAGCUUCCCUUCCGCGCGGCCAAGGCCAGCUUCCCUUUCCGGGAGCUCAAGCCUCGGCUGCCGGUGUCUCUUUCUUCUCCGCGGCUUGUGCAGCUCUCCCGUGGCGAGUAUGGCACCUAGGAGACGCGGGGCCGGCCUGCGGCUCUGCGCCACUGUUUUUUUACUUGAUAUGGCUUUCUGUAAAGGAUUUGUGGAAGAUUUAGAUGAAUCGUUUAAAGACAAUCGAAAAGAUGACAUCUGGCUUGUAGAUUUUUAUGCACCGUGGUGUGGCCAUUGUAAAAAACUGGAACCGAUUUGGAAUGAAGUUGGUCUUGAGAUGAAAAGCAUUGGUUCUCCAGUUAAAGUUGGGAAGAUGGAUGCUACUUCCUAUUCUAGCAUUGCUUCAGAGUUUGGAGUUCGAGGUUAUCCAACAAUUAAGCUAUUAAAAGGGGACUUGGCAUAUAAUUAUAGAGGACCACGAACUAAAGAUGAUAUUAUUGAGUUUGCUCACAGAGUAUCUGGGUAAGUUUUUAUUAGGAAAGGCCUUUACUAUAGGAUACUAAUAUUUUAAAAUGUGUUUUAAUAGACCAUAUUGAAUGCAAAUUUUUUAGGGGCUUAAGCUAAGUAGAAUCUGUUCACGUAUGACAGAAGGUAGGGUUAUGCAGCGUAUGGAGAGAUACUUCAAAGAAACAAAAAGAACUGUGAUAUGUAUUAUGUACUUGUUAACCUCACAUUUAAAUUCAUUUCAUAUGUAGAAAAAAGAUUUUCCCCAGUAGAUUUAAAAAAAAAAAUUUUUUUUAAUGUUUGUUUAUUUUUGAUACAGA